CCCCCUCUUGCUAUAGCCGUUCUCCGAGUGAGUCUAGUACUACUGAUCAAGCAUACUAGUGAUCACUUUCAACCACCCUCCCCUUGCCCUAUUUAUACCCACCCCAGUGGCGCCCUUCACUCCUACACCUCACCUCAGCUCAGCUCAGCUACUCUCGCGCGCUCACACUUACUCCUCCUCUUCUCCAUCUGCAUCGUCCCAUCGAUCGAUCUUGGGCGAGGUGAUCAUCGAUCGAUGGCGGGCGCGAGGGUGGUGUGGGUGAACGGGCCGAUCGUGGUCGGGGCGGGGCCGGCGGGGCUGUCGGUGGCGGCGUGCCUGCGGGAGCGCGGGGUGCCGGCGGUGGUGCUGGAGCGCGCCGACUGCAUCGCCUCGCUGUGGCAGCGCCGCACCUACGACCGCCUCCGCCUGCACCUCCCCAAGCAGUUCUGCGAGCUCCCCGGGAUGCCCUUCCCGGACGACUACCCGGAGUACCCCGACCGCCGCCAGUUCGUCGACUACCUCCAGGCCUACGCCGCCCGCGCCGCCGUCGCCCCGCGCUUCAACCAGUCCGUCACCUCCGCCCGCUACGACGCCGCCGCGGGCCUCUGGCGCGUGCGCGCCGAGGACGCCGCAGCCGCCGCCGCCGGCGUCGCCGCGGUGGAGACGGAGUACAUCGGCCGGUGGCUCGUCGUGGCCACGGGGGAGAACGCGGAGCGCGUCGUGCCGGAGAUCGACGGCGCGGACGACUUCGAGGGCCCCGUCUCCCACGUCGCCGAGUACAAGUCCGGCGACGCGUACCGCGGCAAGCGCGUGCUCGUGGUCGGCUGCGGCAACUCCGGCAUGGAGGUGUGCCUGGACCUCUGCCACCACAAUGCCCUCCCCUCCAUGGUCGUCAGGGACUCGGUGCACGUCCUGCCGCGGGAGAUGCUCGGCGUCGCGACCUUCUCGGUGGCCGUCUUCCUCCUUCGGUUCCUGCCGCUCUGGCUGGUGGACAGGAUCCUCGUCCUCCUCGCGUGGCUCUUCCUCGGCGACCUCGCCAAGCUCGGCAUCACCAGGCCCUCCGGCGGCCCGCUCGAGCUCAAGAACAGCAAGGGGAGGACGCCGGUGCUCGACAUCGGCGCGCUCGCCAGGAUCCGCUCCGGCGACAUCGAGGUCGUGCCGGGGAUCCGGAGGCUGCUCCGCGGCGGCGCCGAGCUCGUCGACGGCCGCCGCGUCGCGGCCGACGCCGUCAUACUGGCCACCGGAUACCAAAGCAACGUCCCACAGUGGCUCAAGGGAAGUGACUUCUUCACCGAAGAGGGAUACCCAAGGGUGCCAUUCCCAGAUGGUUGGAAGGGAGAGUCAGGGCUCUACUCUGUUGGCUUCACAAGGAGAGGCCUCUCUGGUGUCUCGUCAGAUGCUGUCAAGGUUGCACAGGACAUCGCCAAGGCAUGGAACCACCAAACCGCCACAAGAUGAUUAGCUUGCUAAGGAAAUUAACCAUUGUCACCUUGCUAACUGCAAAUUUCUUAGCAAUCAAUCAUAUUGGUGCAUGUCCAAUCAAAACUUGAGGCACAACAUGGCACUCAGCUGGCUAAGAGCUUCAGCAAACUCUGUUCAGACUUCAGACAGACAACAAAGGAAUCAGAAGAAACAAAGACAGGGUCCAGAGAACGUAAAGAGAGGUGAGGUUAAGCUUGAGAGUUCAGUAGAUGGAUGCUACAAAAGAGAGAGAAGAAAAGGGUGCCAUGGAUGCUUAGCUUAACAUUGUCGAGGAGGCCAGAUUAAGGAUACAUCAAGUAGAGCCCAAAUUUUGUUGUACCCAUGGGCCUUUAUGUACAGAAUGUUAUGUAGUGGAGUUUGUGUACAUCUAAUGGUUAGUAGGGAAUCUAGAGUUGACAUUCAUAUGUACUUGAUUAAUGUUUACGUAAUAUGGAGUGAUAAUGAUGA